AUGGCCUCCAGUUCAAACCAGAAUGAUUUCGAGAAGAUAAUGGAGUGCAUUACGGUGGCCGAGGUGGAGAGGAUCCACACGCUGUCAAACAGCCUCGAAAAAACGAUGCUGGAUCCGGUGGCUUUAAAGCUAUUCCGGGGCUUCUUGGAGUCAAAGUGUCUGACAUGCAUUCAGUGUCUGGACAUUCAUGAGAAGUGCGCCCAGUUUCUUGCAGAGAAGCACCCCUUGUACGACUCGUCCGAAUUGAAUAUUUUGUCCAACCUGGGCCUGCUUUCGCAUUUGAAGCAGAGGCUAGCAUAUCGUUUAGAUGACGGUGAUCCGACGUCCAUCAGUCUCUGCCUUAAAAACAUCAAACUCCAAUGUCGCAAUGAAAUUGAAGACUACUUUUUCGACUUUAAAGCAUCUGUUUCAAAAAAGGUGGGUCGAGUGCCAAAAUAA